GCGGAAAACGGGCUAUCAAAAUUAUUCUCAUUCAAUUCUCUCCCGGGUUGGUUAGUUCAUCUUCCAGCUGAGAAGGCUGAAGAGUACCGAUUGUUCCGACCGUUGGUGUUUGCCGUAGGUGGUGCUUUAAACGACGUACACACGCAUCUUAUUUUUCCCGUACGCGUAUUUCCAGUGUAGUGUGCAACGAUGGUGCAGUAUUCCCGUCUGCUGAACGUACAGGCCCGCAAGGUUGCCCGGUAUGCCGUCGAUGCACAGCAGCGCCAGUUCCAUGCAUCAUGUGCCGCCGCUUCCAAGGUCGCUCUGUCCAAGUUCGACCAGACUGUGUACCUGCCGUACGAGAAGCUGCAGAAGAACCUCGAGGUGGUGAAGAAGCGUCUCGGACGUCCUCUCACCCUCAGCGAGAAGGUGCUCUACUCGCAUCUGGAUGAUCCGGCCCACCAGGAUAUCCAGCGUGGUGUUUCGUACCUGCGCCUGCGACCGGAUCGUGUGGCGAUGCAGGAUGCUACCGCACAGAUGGCUAUGCUGCAGUUCAUCUCCUCGGGGCUGCCGAAGGUCGCCGUCCCAUCCACCAUCCACUGCGAUCAUUUGAUUGAGGCACAGAUCGGUGGUGAGAAGGAUUUGGCCCGUGCAAAGGACAUCAACGCGGAAGUGUACAAGUUCCUGUCGACGGCGGGCGCCAAGUAUGGUGUUGGUUUCUGGAAACCAGGAUCGGGUAUCAUCCAUCAGAUUAUUCUGGAGAACUACGCCUUCCCGGGUCUGUUGAUGAUCGGUACGGAUUCGCACACACCAAACGGUGGCGGUCUCGGUGGACUGUGUAUCGGUGUGGGUGGUGCUGAUGCCGUCGAUGUAAUGGCCAAUAUCCCGUGGGAAUUGAAGUGCCCGAACGUAAUCGGUGUGCACUUGACGGGCAAGAUUAGCGGCUGGACUUCACCAAAGGACGUUAUUCUGAAGGUGGCCGACAUUCUGACGGUAAAGGGCGGUACUGGUGCGAUCGUCGAGUACAUGGGCAAUGGUGUGGAUUCGAUCUCGUGCACUGGAAUGGCUACCAUCUGUAACAUGGGUGCUGAAAUUGGAGCUACCACGUCGGUCUUCCCCUUCAACAAGCGCAUGGCAGAUUAUCUGGCAUCGACCGGUCGUUCCGCGAUUGCCGCUGAAGCUGGCAAGUACCAGAAGAGCGUAUUGACCGCUGACUCCGGUGCCAAGUACGAUCAGGUGAUCGAGAUCAACCUGGACAAGCUGGAACCGCAUAUCAACGGACCGUUCACACCGGAUCUGGCCCACCCGAUCAGCAAGCUGGGUGCGAACGCGAAGAAGAACGGAUACCCGAUGGACAUCCGCGUCGGUUUGAUUGGUUCGUGCACGAACUCGUCGUACGAGGAUAUGGGCCGUUGCGCUUCGAUCGCCAAGAAUGCGAUGAAGCACGGUCUGAAGUCGAAAAUUCCGUUCAACGUAACGCCCGGAUCGGAACAGAUCCGUGCCACGAUCGAGCGGGAUGGUAUUGCGAAGACGUUCAAGGAGUUCGGUGGCACCGUGCUGGCAAACGCUUGCGGACCCUGCAUCGGCCAGUGGGAUCGUCAGGAUGUGAAGAAGGGCGAAAAGAACACGAUCGUGACGUCGUACAACCGUAACUUCACCGGUCGUAACGAUGCCAACCCGGCUACGCAUUGCUUCGUAACGAGCCCAGAACUGGUGACGGCUCUGUCCAUUGCUGGUACUUUGAACUUCAACCCACUGACCGAUGAACUGACCGGUGCCGAUGGUAAGAAGUUCAAGCUGGAAUCGCCGUUCGGUGAUGAGCUCCCGCAGAAGGGAUUCGACCCUGGCAUGGACACUUACGAAGCACCACCAUCGGAUGGUUCUGGGGUGAAGGUUGAUGUGGACCCUAAGAGCCAGCGUCUUCAGCUGCUGGAGCCGUUUGAUGUGUGGAACGGUAAGGAUAUGAGCGAAAUGACCGUGCUGAUUAAGGUUAAGGGCAAGUGUACCACCGACCACAUCUCCGCUGCCGGACCCUGGCUGAAGUACCGUGGCCAUUUGGAUAACAUCUCCAACAACAUGUUCAUCGGUGCCACCAACAUCGAAAACAACGAAAUGAAUAAAAUCAAGAACCAGGUGACGGGCGAAUGGGCUGGCGUUCCGGAUGUUGCCCGUUUCUACAAGGCCAAGGGUAUCAGGUGGGUUGCCGUUGGUGACGAGAACUACGGUGAGGGCUCAUCCCGCGAGCACGCUGCACUGGAACCACGCCAUUUGGGUGGCCGCGCCAUCAUUACUAAGUCAUUCGCCCGAAUUCACGAAACGAACCUCAAGAAGCAGGGUCUGCUGCCGCUGACCUUUGCUAACCCCGCCGACUACGACAAGAUCCAACCGCACUCGAAGAUCUCGAUCCUGGGACUGAACAACUUUGCCCCAGGCAAGCAGGUGGACUGUGAGAUCAAGACCGACGGUAAGGUAGACAAGAUUAAGCUGAACCACUCGUUCAACGAACAGCAGAUCGAAUGGUUCAAGGCGGGAAGCGCUCUGAACCGUAUGAAGCAAAUCGCGGCCAAUAAGUAAGGUGUAACAUGAGAAUACCCAGUGCUUUCCCAGUCCUUAUCUCUCCCACCUCCCGUUACGACGGAUAUAAUCUACCAAAAUCCAUCAAUCACAAUCGUGAAAGAUGGACAAGCGGUUUAUUAAGUCGCGACAACUAUAAUUUGGUCUAACAUGGCGUCUACAAAUCAGCCGGCUCGUAUAAGGGUCGAUUCUGAUUCGCUAGCCCGUACUGGAGACCGUUUUGUGUGUGUAAUUGUUUAUUAAUCAAUGAAACCAUGUUUAGUCGCGCAGCUUCUGUUGCCACUGUUGUAAAUAGAGCAAAUUACGAUCCCUUCCGGGGGGUAUUGAUGCAAGUACACUUCGCGCGUGCCCCGUCUCUGCUGCUUAUCUUCGAUCCGUACCUAGCGAUCCGUCAAUUGGUUGGGUAGAGAUAAUUACCUCAAAAAGAAGUUUAGACACUAACAAACAAAUUACCUAAGAUCCCGGAUGACGGUUCAUCCACACUUAAAGGCUACGUACUACCGCGCACUACAAUGAAUGCAAAACUCUUUAUCGUUUAGAUGAAAGUGUACGAACUGCGAUCGUUAUUAGCAUGUAUCUCUUAACUUACUAGAAGAAGAAGGAUAAUAAAUUUUUCUCCAUUUUA